ACUCGGGAGGUCGGCGUUGCGUGGGUGUAUAUAUACCAGCCUCUGCACGACUUCUCCUCCAGGCCACUACCUGCCGGUUCCUUCUCUCGUCUGCCGCGACCAAUCCAGAACCGAUCCAACACUUGUCCCACGACACAAACACAAACACAGCAUGGCCGCCUCUGUCGAGCCACGGCAGUCGUUCGGCCGCCUCGACGCGCCGGCCACCGCGCCGCCGGCCCGCAACGGGGCCUCCAACGGCAUCCGGCGCCGCGCCGACUCGCCGGUGCGCGGCUGCGGGUUCCCCCCGCUCAUCUCGCCGCCCCGGAAGGCCCUCGUCGAGGAAGAUGAGGACGAGGACGAUGACGAGGAGCCGGAGGAGGACUGGCGGGAGGCGUACGGCUCGCAGCUGCAGCUGGAGGUGGAGCCGUCGACGCGCGACCCGCGCGACGAGGGCACGGCGGACGCCUGGAUCGACCGCAACCCGUCCCUGAUCCGGCUCACCGGCAAGCACCCGCUCAACUGCGAGCCGCCGCUGGCCCGCCUCAUGCACCACGGCUUCAUCACGCCCGCGCCGCUCCACUACGUGCGCAACCACGGCGCCGUGCCCCGGGGCGACUGGUCCACCUGGACGGUGGAGGUGACGGGGCUCGUCCGCCGCCCCGCGCGGCUCACCAUGGACGAGCUGGCCAACGGGUUCGCCGCCGCGGAGCUGCCCGCCACGCUGGUCUGUGCCGGCAACCGCCGCAAGGAGCAGAACAUGGUGCAGCAGACGGUGGGCUUCAACUGGGGCGCCGCGGGGGUGUCCACCUCCGUCUGGCGCGGCGCCCGCCUCCGCGACGUGCUGCUCCGGUGCGGCAUCAUGUCCUCCUCCAAGAAGGGCCAGGCUCUCAACGUGUGCUUCGAGGGCGCCGAGGACCUCCCCGGCGGCGGCGGCUCCAAGUACGGCACCAGCGUGACCCGGGAGUGGGCGCUCGACCCGUCCCGCGACAUCCUGCUCGCCUACGCGCAGAACGGGGAGCCGCUGCUGCCCGACCACGGCUACCCCGUCCGCGUGCUCAUCCCCGGGUGCAUCGGCGGGCGCAUGGUGAAGUGGCUCCGGCGCAUCGUGGUCACCACCGCCGAGUCCGACAACUACUACCACUUCAAGGACAACCGGGUGCUGCCGUCGCACGUGGACGCGGAGCUGGCCAACUCCGAGGCGUGGUGGUACCGGCCCGAGUACAUCAUCAACGAGCUCAACACCAACUCGGUGAUCACCACGCCGGGGCACGACGAGAUCCUCCCCAUCAACGCCUUCACCACCCAGCGCGCCUACACCAUGAAAGGAUACGCAUACUCCGGUGGUGGCAAGAAGAUCACACGAGUGGAGGUGACUCUGGAUGGCGGCGAGAGCUGGAUGUUGUGCACGCUCGACAUCCCGGAGAAGCCGAACAAGUACGGGCGGUACUGGUGCUGGUGCUUCUGGUCAGUGGAGAUCGAGGUCCUAGACCUCCUGGGCGCCAAGGAGGUGUCGGUGCGCGCAUGGGACCAGACGCACAACACCCAGCCGGAGAAGCUCAUCUGGAACCUCAUGGGCAUGAUGAACAACUGCUGGUUCAAGGUGAAGGUGAACGUGUGCCGCCCCCACAAGGGCGAGAUCGGGCUGGUCUUCGAGCACCCCACGCAGCCGGGGAACCAGACCGGCGGCUGGAUGGCGCGGCAGAAGCACCUCGAGACGGCCGAGGCGGCCGCGCCGGGGCUCAAGCGCAGCACGUCUACCCCGUUCAUGAACACCGUCGCGGACAAGCAGUUCACCAUGUCCGAGGUGCGCAAGCACGGGUCCAAGGAGUCGGCGUGGAUCGUGGUGCACGGCCACGUCUACGACUGCACCGCCUUCCUCAAGGACCACCCCGGCGGCGCCGACAGCAUCCUUAUUAAUGCCGGAUCCGACUGCACCGAGGAGUUCGACGCCAUCCACUCCGACAAGGCCAAGGCGCUCCUCGACACGUACCGCAUCGGCGAGCUCAUCACCACGGGCACCGGCUACAACUCCGACAACUCGGUGCACGGCGGGUCGAGCCUCUCCCACCUCGCCCCGAUCCGCGAGGCCACCAAGGUCGCUGGCGCGCCCAUCGCGCUGUCCAGCCCGCGCGAGAAGGUCCCCUGCCGCCUGGUCGACAAGAAGGAGCUCUCCCACGACGUCCGCCUCUUCCGCUUCGCGCUGCCGUCCUCCGACCAGGUGCUCGGCCUGCCCGUCGGCAAGCACAUCUUCGUGUGCGCCACCAUCGACGGCAAGCUCUGCAUGCGCGCCUACACGCCCACCAGCAUGGUGGACGAGAUCGGGCAGUUCGAGCUGCUCGUCAAGGUCUACUUCCGGGACGAGCACCCCAAGUUCCCCAACGGCGGGCUCAUGACGCAGUACCUGGAGUCGCUCCAGCUCGGCUCCUGCAUCGACGUCAAGGGCCCGCUGGGCCACGUGGAGUACACCGGCCGCGGCAACUUCGUCAUCAACGGCAAGCAGCGGCGGGCGCGGCGGCUGGCCAUGAUCUGCGGCGGCAGCGGGAUCACGCCCAUGUACCAGGUGAUCCAGGCCGUGCUGCGGGACCAGCCGGAGGACGAGACGGAGAUGCACCUGGUGUACGCGAACCGGAGCGAGGACGACAUCCUGCUGCGCGACGAGCUGGACCGGUGGGCGGCGGAGUACCCGGAGAGGCUCAAGGUGUGGUACGUGAUCGACCAGGUGAAGCGGCCCGAGGACGGGUGGAGGUUCAGCGUGGGGUUCGUGACGGAGGACAUCCUGCGGGCGCACGUCCCCGAGGGCGGCGACGACACCCUCGCGCUCGCCUGCGGGCCGCCGCCCAUGAUCAAGUUCGCCAUCUCGCCCAACCUGGAGAAGAUGAAGUACGACAUGGCCAAUUCCUUCAUCUCCUUCUGAUGAAACAUCCUCUCUCUAGUACGUACUCUUACGUAGCUUGCAUGCAGCUGCCUAUACAAAACCACCGCGUCGACGCAUCAAUCUGUGCAUGUACCCAAUGUUUAUGUGUGUCUGUCGAUCGUAUUUGUUCAUUAGAGAACCGUAUGUACGUGCAUGCGUACGUGAUUGCAUGAAUUAUACUCUGUAGGUUGUAUGUACGUACGUACACUUGUUUCCUAGAGUACAUUGGACAUAUACCGAUGUUUUGCCCCUCAGGAAGGAUGUGAGGUUUACGCGGCUUCGGUUGA